UGACUGCUGGUCUUGGUGGAGUGGCGCAGACAAAAGCCGGUAUAUACCAAGGUAUGAUCGUGUUGACAAGAAUUGUGCUUUACCGCCCAGUCUUGACUCUUCACUGCAUUUAAGAUCCCAUUCAGGGGCACGAGUUAUCUUCGCCUCAUGCUCAUACUCCACCAUGCCUUUCAAACAGUGCUUGAAAUAUCUCUUCACGCACAGUGAGAAGUAUCUGAAUGAUGAGCCACCCCGAUACUCAGCUAUGGAGUACCAGCAGCUUUGCGACGAACAUGAACAUAUGGCUCCUGUGUUACCCCAGCGCUUCAAGACUCCAUCACUCCAUCCUGCCCGCACUCAAUCUCCGGAGCUACCCUUUCGAACUUUGUUGAACGACACAAACCCUGCAGCUCCUACCGCCGUCUCAUCCUGUCCUAUGCCAACACGCGAUACCAAGAUCCAACAUUCUGCAGCUCCCCUCAGUACGGGAGGUUCAACAGCGAGUUGGGACGACUCGGCGACUCUGGCAUUGCAGAAGGAAGCUGAGGUCUUCGAGCCCCCUCACCCCUUGCAGAGUCUCAUGAAGAUAUACCAAAGCCGUUGAGUUGGAAGAAGCUGGCGAGAAAGAGUACAGAUGUCGAGGAUAUAUCUACGAAAGAGGACGACACAUGAUGUGGAUACAAUUCAAUGCCAGUAGAAGCACAUAAUUACAUGGCAACUAUGCGUAGAGUCGACACUUGUG